AUGGCCAAGCCACCUGCGCCUGAGAAGCCGAGUGUAUCUGGUGCGAGUUCGUCUUUGAGGAUUUCCUGGGUCAUCCCAGACAUCGAGCCAGAAGUCACCGCAUCUUCACUGAAGCUUCGAAUACGGGGCGGUCACAGGCUUCAUGUUUAUGACCAUGGUACGUCCAAACUUGUUCCGAAGGGUGGAACCGCUAUUCCGGCGCCGAUCUGCGAAAUAACCGUAGAUGGAUGCGAGGAAGGCCUCGAGUAUGAGGCUGUUCUCGCUGUGAUGAACAGCGAGGGCUGGAGUGAGCCAUCGCGGUUCAGCGAUCCUGGCUUCUUCGGCAGUUUGAAGCCGCGGGAGAAGCCGCCCAGACCGACGUCACCAACCCUCACGGCGCUGGGAAAAGGGAAGCUGCGAGUUUCUUGGGCGAUCCCGAGUGCAUGCCCACCCGUGGAAGCCACCCAGGUGCAGCUCACAGAUGUCGGAACAGGAAACAAAUGGCUUGUCGAUGCAACUGGAGCUUUGGUGGCCUCUGGCCGGACGACCUUCGCGGCCAGCCGAACAGAGGUUCACAUCAAAGAUGUUCAGGACUGCGUGGAGUAUGCAGCAGAAAUUUGCUGUCGCAACGCAGAGGGCUUUGGAGACUAUUCUAUGGCAAGUGAUAGCGUCGCCAACAUUGAUGCCAAGGGGCAGAUUGGCGGUAUGCAGCUUGUGAUCCAUGAGGGGGCCAGCACCGAGGUUCCAGUGAUGGUGCCUCAGGGUGAUGGCAAGAUGAAGGUGAAGUGGAAGCUGCCCGACGAGGCUAAACAGACCAUUGUCAAGCUUCGGCGUGUUGGCAACCAGAACUGGUAUCUCUGCACCGGCGGUGCCAUCGCCGCCCCAGCGGCUGAGACGAUAGCGACCGGCUUGGAGGAAGGCAUCGAGUACGAGGCCAUGGUGUCUUUUCUCAUCAACAACCGGUGGUGCUGCGAAUCCGCUAUCAGCAAGCCCGCCUGCAUAGGUGAACUAAAACUGCCUGCUCCUCCGACUCAGCCCAAGGAGCCGCGUCUUUAUGUCAUGGAUGUGGGUCAAGGUGUGAUGCGAGUCAAGUGGCAGUACAUGAGCUGCGUACCCCCGAUUACGGGAGCACUGGUACGUUUUCGGGCAGUCGGAGCGAGAAAGUGGCUGUUCGCACACCCCAGCAGUGGGGCCUUGAUAGAUGUGUCACCGGAGCAGGAACCGGAGUUGAUACCCUUUCCACAAUCAGAUGUGGAUUUGCGGAACCUUCCGCUUGGCAUUCGCUUCGAAGCUUGCGUCGCUUUCAGGAACAAGCUCGGCACCGGGCCGUUCUCCAAGGAGAGCGAUAUAGGGCACAUUGGCAUGCUGGCGGCCCGAGUGCUCAAGUGUACGUACUGCUUCACAGACUUUGACUUGCAAACCGCCGAGUACACCAGGGCGCUUGAGAACUUCUGGUGCCCACUCUGCCGCUUCAGGCACAUGGACCCUUUCAAUGCGAUUAUCGAGCCAUCUGGCAUUUUGCGACAGCACAUGUUCAUGCGACCGACCGUGACCUUCAAUCUGGACUUGCCUGAUUUGAAGGCUUGGAGAAAAGAGGAUCAAAGCAUCUUCUGCAGGUGCGUGAAGGUUAACAGCGACAUCACCUCUCAGGUCUGGCCGACCAAGCUGAUCAUGUCGGCGAACGGCGCUGAGGUCUUUAGAAUAGAUCCUCCCGAAGAAGGGCACGUUCGAAGAGAUGUCCCGAAAGACAUCUCUGCCGCCUUGAGACCAGGCAUGAACAAUGUUACGAUCACCAUCGAAGAUGAGCAUCCCUCGAGUUUCGCUGUGGCGCUGGUGCACACCCAGCCUAAAACUGCUGCACUGAUUGCGGAUGAGACGCCGGCAUGCGAGGAGGAGGAUGCUCUCCGAAGGGUUCGAAUGCUGUUGAAAGACACUUGGGGCAUCUCGAUGGAGGAGUUCGAUCUUGGGCCGAAGCCCGAACCUCCUCCGGAGGAAGACCCAGAAACACCUCCGAUGCCUGAUGCUCCAAAGCUGGACGAGGAGGAUGAGGAGGUCACCUGCGUGCUCUCCAACAAGCUGAGGCUUCGAUGCCCUCUUUCCUUCGAGCGAGUGGACAUCCCUGUGAGGGGUGAGACCUGCAUGAGGCUGCCUGUCCCUGUGAUACGGCUCAAGCUCUACACAUUACCGAACCGGAACGAGUUGUGCCAAACGAGAGUGGAAGAGGAGUGCUUCUCCAGCGAGUGCUCCAAUGGCCAAGCCCAUGAUUCCAACUUUCUCCAAAUGCAGCUGUCACUGGACUCCCCGUUGGAAAACGAAGAGACUGGCAUUAUCGAUAUCAUCAAGUCCAAGCUACAUCCACUUGCAAACAUCAUCGAGAAAAUCAAGGCAAAAGCAUCCGAGAAGGCCAGCACCAACAACGCCCAGACUAGCGACAGCGGGAAGUCCACCUCGGAAGAGCCCCUUGUGGUGGACAGACGUAACUUCUCGCAGCUUCGCCAUGACCUGAACCAAAGCCAGCAAGAACUAGCCGAUGCGCAGGUGCUUGCAACGGAUUUCGAGAAAGCUUUAUUCAGGGUGGAAGCUGCCAAGCACGAGGUGUUGUCGGCCAAGGACAGCAAAGAAGCUGAUUUGGAAUGGAUCCAUAAGCUACUGGGAGUAACGAUCAAGUCUGAGAUGCUCCUUGAUAAGAACCUUCCCCUUGAAGAGGCCAUGCGCUUGAGCGAUCCUUUAGCAGAACAUGCGAAAGUCGGCGCAAAGACAGCUUUGGAGGUUGAGAAGCUCACAGAGGCUGUCCGCAAGUUGGAUCAGGAGAUUACCCAAUCCAAGGCAAAGUACGAGAAGGCUUUGAAGGAUCAAACCGGGAAUGUUACCAAGAUCCAAGAGUUGCUUCGGACUUCAAUCUUGAGAGAAAUGGCUGAUGCGCGGCUGGUUCAGGUCCUGGAUGCAUCUGAUCGCAUCAGCGGAACGGUGACUUUCACAACUACCACGGUCACAACUACUGUUGCGACUGAGGGGCCAAGCAGAGUCAUCGUUGUCGUUCCUGCAGGCAACAUAACUCGGUCCGAGAACGUGACGUCAAAAACAUCUAUGACUACGACAUCAACAACAUCCAUGCAGGCCUCCUCGACGAAAGUGUCUGUGUCAACGACUGAGAUGCAUCCCGCCGUGAAUGUGUCUUCAAACAGCAGCGCCACUGGAGACAAAGUUGGACUUUACCCAAGCGAUUGGGCAGUGAUUGGAUCCCUGAUCCUGUUGGGUGUGCUAGUUGCCCUCAUCACCAUCUACAGUCGCACCGUGGGAGCUUGA